GGGGUGCCACCGACGGCUUUCAUAACUUUUGGCCCUCACACACUUGGGCAAGUGCCCUGAGAGAUCGAUCCGAGCUGGAUCGCCGAGCUGUCUCUGCCGUUUCUCUGUUGUGUUUUGCUUUAGCAUCGUGAACGCCAGUCGUAACACGCUUGUCCAGUGUAGGUAUUCAACCUCGAGUCCACGGUGGACAGCAACAACUGGGCUAUCAUUUCUCAUAUCCCGUCUCUUCGCCUUCCUCGCGUGGUACAUCGUCUCAGACAGACUUCAAAUCUACGACAGCCGGCAUGGCCGACACCGACCUCUCCACCAACGGCAGCGGCGAGUUCUGGCUGUACGGUUAUGGGAGUCUGAUAUGGAAGCCUCCGCCGCACUUCGAUAGAAGAAUCCCUGGUUGGGUGACAGGAUACGUCCGUCGCUUCUGGCAAGCAAGUCAGGACCACAGAGGCACACCCGAGGCUCCCGGCCGUGUCGUUACGCUCAUUGAGCGUUCGUUCUGGGAGCAGCUAACCGACCACCACGACUCGGCACCUGAACGUGUCUGGGGUGUCGCCUACCGUAUCAAGGCAGAUAAGGUCGCCGAGGUCAAGGACUAUCUUGACAUUCGCGAGAUCAACGGCUACACGAUCCAUUACGCCCCUUUCUACCCUGCUGAUGGUUGCGAGCCAAUCCGCACACUUGUGUACAUUGGCACCCCGGACAAUGACCAGUUUGUCGGCCCACAGGACCCUCAGGCUCUCGCCGCCCAUAUCCGCAAGAGCCGCGGCCCGAGUGGGCUGAACAUCGACUACCUUCUUGGUCUCGAAGAAGCUCUUGACGGACUGAGCCCGGAGAGCGGCGACGUCCACAUCACCGACCUCUCCAACAGAGUACGGGCCAUCAUCGCCGCCGAGGAGACAUCGCACGAUGCUACGCAACCACCGUUGUCAGCCGUCGGCGGUACCUUCAAGCAAGAAACCAGUGUCAAGGAACAGGAGGAGACGGAAAAGACAGACUGAAGAGUUUUUCUGCACAUUCUUUCGCCUCUUCUUUUUCUUUCUUGAAAACCAAGCCUCUGCCAACCCACCCCCUUUUUUUUUUUACCUUUCCCCUUUGUCCGUGGUGCAACAACGCCUUGGAGCCAUGUCAACCAACAUUCUUGUUUCAGAUCAUUCAACACAUAGAGAGACAAUCAAGAGAGACAAUCAGCCAGA